AUGAUAAAGAAACCUAAGAGGAUUAAGCCUACUUCAUUUCCAUGUAUGGCUCCAGGCUGCGACAAAGUCUUUGUUAGAGCCUACAAUCUGACUUCCCAUAUGAAAACUCAUUCUUCUGAACGGCCUUUCGUGUGUGGAGUAUGCCCCCUGGCUUUUGCGAGGCGGCAUGACUGUGAGCGCCAUGCUCGCCUUCAUACGGGAGAGAAGCCAUACUCUUGUCAGAUCUGUGGGACUGGGUUUAUGAGAAAUGAUGCCCUUCAUCGUCAUUUAAAAUUCUGCGGAACAGCUGGCUCGUCGUUUGCAACUGAAAUUCACCAAAAACCAAUAUAA